AUGGCGCUCAACUACAUGGGCGUCGCCGCCAUCAACGUCGUGGCCGCGCUACUGUCCAUCCCCGUGAUCGCCGCCGGCAUCUGGCUGUCGACGCAGGCCGACAACGCCUGCGUCCAGAUCCUCCAGUGGCCAGUGAUUGCCCUCGGCGCGGCUGUCCUCGCGGUCGGCCUCGCGGGCUUCGUGGCCGCCUUCUGGCGCCUGCCGUGGCUCCUCCUCGCCAACCUCGUGGCCACGUUUGUCGUCGUCGUGGCGCUGGCCUGCCUCGCCGGGAGUUCCUCGAGUACGACCUAG